AUGGACAACAGAAACGCCCAGAUGUACAUGGAGGAGGAGAAGACUGGCAACUCCUUCCCGCCAUCCACGCCAGGACCUAACACACCCAGAGAAGGGGUCAAGGCUGCGGAGACCAAGCCAGCACCGGGGCCUGUUCCUCCACCAGAGGUGAGGGACAUUGGAGAGAGAAGGGAGCCGGGCUGUGCCCCGAAGCAGCCGCGGGAGCCCACAGCGACCACGGGAGCCCAGAGCCUCGGGAGCACCGGGCAGGGCUUCAUGAAGUGCCUGCUGGAGGUGGAGGAGGAGGAGGCCAUGCAUCGGAGGGCCGCCAAGGCCCGGGCCCUGCCAAACCGGAAGGUCCCCAAGACCCUGACCCCCGUGCCCACCUCAGCCCCGGUUGGCAACUCAGCCUCAAACCUGCCCCUGACACUGCCUCAGACCCCUGCCUCGGCCCCUGCCAUGGCCCCAUCCUGGGUCCGGCCACCAGCCCCUGGGCCCAUCCCUGCCGCUGUGGGAGCCCCUGUCCCGGCCUCUGUACCUGUCACUGUCCUGCCAGUGCCCACCCUGGACCUGGGCUGGAGAAAGACAGUAUUCUUGCACCACAGUGGCGAGAGAAGCCUGGCCCAAGUCAAGGCACGGCAGGACCUGGAAGAACACUGCCUCCUAAACUUGUAUCAGAACUGGGAGGCGCGGGCUGAGGAGCACCUCACCCUGAAGCAAGAGGAAGCCUUCCACAGUUACUUUGAGAUCUUCAAUGGCCCUGGCGUGGUGGACGCACGCAGCCUGCAGAACGUCCUGCUCCUUGUGGGCAUCUCCCUGACGCCGGCCCAGGUGGAGGAUGCCCUGAUGAGUGCUGACAUUGAUGGAGAUGGUCAUGUGGGCUUCAAAGAUUUCUUGGCCGUAAUGACAGACACCAAGCGCUUCUUCUGCUCCGUGGAACAGAAUGCCCUGACGGCUCCCCCGAACCCCCACACUCUGCUCUUUGAGAUCCUGUCCCUGCUGGUGGAGAUGCUGGCCUUACCUGAGGCAGCCUUAGAAGAGAUCACCAACUAUUACCAGAAGAAGCUCAAGGAAGGUACCUCUAAGGCCCGAGAGAUGGAAUCGGCCAUAGGCCGGCUGCGGUCCCGGAAGAAGCUUCCCUGCAACCUGCAGCAGGCAGACGGCUUGGAAGUCCCAGAACGAAGGGUCCUCAGGAUCCUGAACCGGCUGAAGCAGCAGAGCUACGCUGUCAACCUGCAGAGCCCCUACGCCCAGGUGCCCUGUAUCCCACUCUGCCCGAGGCUGGACAAGAAGACGGUAGGCCGGAAGCAGGGCGGCCAAUACAUGUUGGACCAGUGCACCCCCACCAACCCGAGCACUGAUUUUCAUAGCCUCUACUUCCAGUCAGGAUCUCAAGGAAGCAGGGAACACAGCUCUGACGGACGAAAGUGGCUCAGCUCUGUGCCGGCUCGAACCCACUGACCCUGCAGAGUCCUGACUCUGGACAGCUGUCUAAGACCUGCAGACAGAUAGGUCAUCAGGCAGGGACCACAGCUGGAUUUUGCUUUUGUGGCCUGGUAAGCCAAUAAACACUAAGAACCUCAGCCUUUGUGCCUGGUGCUGGGGCCCCUGCCCUCUGGGCACUCACCUGCUUCCUGGUGCCAGGAAAGACCCCCACCCAGGUUCUCAUCCCUCCACUGGGCUCUCAGGGCACCGGGCCCCAGCCUCCCUUAGGCUUGGGAACCCCUGAAGCAAGAUGUACCUCAAAACCCUGCCCAGGGUUGGGGCUCUGGCUGGACGUGGCCCUGUGUACUCUCAAGGACAAAGCUGGGAUUUUCCUCAGCUGAGGUGUUCCUUUUGGACUAGGAGCCCCCCAAGGGCAGGAAUUCUCCCUCCUUGCUCAAAGGGAAUGGGGAACAUAAGGGAAAGACCCCUGAAAGGGGCAGACCCCAUGGAAGAGCAGGAAGGGCCUCACCCAUGUUCUCACCAACAGAGCCCCAGGGCCUAGGGGUCCCCUUCCCUUGGAGCCUAAGGGUGUGGGUCCUUACCCCCCAACACACACAACACCUCAGACCUACUUCUCUAACAGAGAGCGAGCCCCUCCCUGGGACUGAGCAGAGGUAGCUCCCAGUGGUUAAAUAAGCAGCCACAGCAAGAAGUUAGGAGGCCAGGGACUGAAAUGAGGACAAGGCUCUGACAAGUUUAAAACAUGUAUUUAAAAUACAAUUUAUAAAAUGCUUAAUCUGCCGACUCAGGAGCCCGCGGUGCGGGGUGGGGUGGGCAGCUGCCCGCUAGAUCAGCAGAGCAGGACUGCAGGGGUGCAACCCUCCCUCCCAUGCCCUUCUGUUCAGACACCCAAGGGGCCCAUGUGCACCCUUGGAAUCACAUGGCCAGAAAACAGGACCCCACAGGUUUCCAGAGUCUCUGCUUAGCAGGGAGGCUGGGGUAGCCCUACCGGCCCAUCCCUGAGCAGAGCAUCCCCAGAUGGGGCAGAGCAGGGUAUGGCUGGACUGGACAGGGCAGGGCGGGGCAGUGGGCUCUGGAAGGGGCUGAUGGUAGCAGAUAGGGUGUUGCCUCCUGCCUGCAGGUGGGGAGCACCCUGAUUGAGUGGGCUGAGAAGGGUUGGUCACCAGGCCCAGACCCCCAGCUCCUUUGGUUAUAGGCUGACAACAGAGUAGUGGCUCAUGGGAAGCAGUUAGCUGGAAGGUCUGAGGCCUGGCUCAUGGGGUCAGGGAGGAGCUGGGGGAAAGGGACAGUACCAUGAAGGCAGAUAAAGGGCAGCAGCCUCAGGUUUCUGCCCCCCACAACCCCCUGGGGUUUUCUAAGCCAAAGCCCGCAGCUUACUUAAAAAAGUUAAAAAAAAAGCACUUAAGGAAAGUUACAGACAACUACCAACACACACACACACACACACACACACACACACACACACACACACACAACCACCCCAAACCGUUCUCCCAUCUCCCUUCCCACCUCCCCCAACACAAUAGUUCACUGUUUUCGUUUUUCUUUUUUAAAAAUUUGCUACCUCUCCAUCUGGGAAGCCAAGGAGGUACAGGCACACAGUGGGCAGAGCCCCAUCUUUGGCCAGAGGGAGGUGGGAGCACCAGUCCCUACUAUAUCCUCGUCCACAGACACCCAUCAGCCAGUCUUCCCUCUGGCUCCAUUAGGGGAGGGGGGCAAGAACAGGCUGUCCCAAUGGCUGGGCAAUCAGCACUCUGGCCUUUCCACCUGGCCGACCUCUGUGCCCUUCUCCAACUGAAAGGACAGUCUCACUUUGGGCCAGAAACCACUAUUACAUGAGGGAUGGACACUACACAUUCAGGAUGAGGAAACUUGGUCAGGGCAGUGGAA